AUGCCUGAGCACCCCACCGCCACAAGGCUCCGGCUCGCCGGGCUCUGCUUCUUCCUCCAGAUGCUGAUCAGUUUCCGGGAUGUCCACCUCCAAGCUCUCCUUGGCUUCGGGCUCCUGCUAGCCUUCCUCAGCCGCUACGACCUGGGCAACACGGCCAUCAGCAUCCUCGUCGUGGCCUUCGCCAUCCAGUGGGCUGUACUGAUCCACGGGUUCUUAUACUUCUUCCUGAAUGGCAAAAUUUUGGUGGGAGCUCAGAGCAUGGUGAGUGCCGACUUCUGCACCGCAGCCAUUCUCAUCGCCUCCGGAGCCGUUGUGGGCAGGGUAAACCCUGUCCAGAUGCUGCUGCUGACCCUGCUGGGAGUCACCCUCUUCACCCUCAACGAAUACAUCCUGCUCAGUCUUAUGGGGAUAAGCGACAGCGGGGGCUCCUUGACCGUCCACACCUUUGGUGCUUAUUUUGGCCUGAUGGUUUCACGGAUCUUGUACCAGCCCCACAUGGACAGGAGGAAAGAGCAGCAGGACACGGGGCACCGGCCGGAUGUCUUUGCUGCGGUUGGAACCAUCUGCCUGUGGAUCUUCUGGCCCAGCUUUGCCUCAGCCACCACCGCCUACGACAGCACCGAGCCCUGGGCAGUGCUCAACACCUACUUCUCGUUGGCAGCGAGCACCAUGGCCACCUUCGUCCUCUCGCCCGUCCUCCAUGAGGAGAGCACCCUGCGGAUGGUUCAGAUCCAGGAUGCCACCGUGGCUGGUGUGGCUGUGAUGGGUAUGGCCGGGGAGAUGCUGGUCACCCCCUUCGGGGCCCUUAUUACAGGGUUUCUGGCUGGUCUGGUCCCCCCUCUUGGCUUCAGGUUCCUCACACCCGUCCUGCACUCCAGGCUGAAAACCCUGGACACAUGUGGGGUGCACAACGUCCACGGGCUGCCGGGGUUGCUGGGUGCCUUGCUGGGGGCGCUGCUGACGGUGCUGGCCACUGCAGAUGCCUACGGUGGCAG